CCAUCCCUUUAUCCGUCAUUAAUCGAAGGUCACCCGCUUCGUCCCCUUCACGUUCACCGUUUCACUAUGAAGGGACCUCAUCCUAUUCCGCAAGGACCCCCUAUCCUACAUCAUCCACCAGUGAUGCUACGAUCAAUUGCCGUACCCCUUCAUUCUUCAUGGAGUCAGCCGCCCUGUUGGAUGCUCCAAGUACCAGUCUUCAAAAACUGCCGAAAUCCGAUCCGCCAUUCUUGGCUCUAAAUACUCCCCCUCAAAUGUUACCUACUGCUGCUCAAGCCUCAUCGACCGCCUUCAAUCUCUGUCCCACUUUCCCUGAUAAUGGAUGUGCCUCUACAGAUGUUGGUUUGGUCCAGGGACAAGGGCUCUGCUCUAGUGUGUCUCAGUUGGGCUGGGAGAGGGGUUUGGACGCCCUGGUCCAAACCUUUGUCGACCCUCACAACGCUGCCAUCCACACCAGCGUCAGCCCCAUGCCUGUCAUCGAUGCUGGGCCAUCCGUUUUGAUAGAGUGCUUGUUCAAUCACUCAGAGGCAUCAUUCCCUCCUGGAUCUGUCCCGGCGGAUGGAUGGUUGGCGUCGAUUGCGGGUGAAGUUACGUCCAGCCCUUCAAAUUUGCUAAUGCAACCACCAUAUGUUCCCGCUCCAAUGGCACAUUUCAUCGCUGCCGGCCCAUCCGUUGUAGGAGAGCACUCGUUGGAUCGCCCUGGAGUGUCAUCCUCUCCCGUGUCCGUCCCGAUGGCUCAUUCGUGGGCGUCAGUUACUGGGGAAGUCGGGCCCUCAAGUUGGCCCAUGCAAUCACCAUCUAUUCCCGAUCCGAUGGUGCACUUCAUCGCCAAUGGCCAAUCGAUCAUAAACGGGCACCAACCUGAUCACCCCGGGGCGUCAUCCCUUCCCGGAUCCGUCCAAGCGGUUUAUUGGCCAGAGUCGAUAGCCGGAGACGGUUCAAAUUGAUUUUCACUCCGAUGGAGCAUUUUGCUACAUCACUUUCCGUCCCACCCGACCCUUUCGCCUUGUUGUAGACACCUUGCACUUUCUGCCUUCUUUUUGAAUCAUUUUGUCGACACAUUACUCAUAUCCAGCAUCUUCGGGUUGUG